GUGGAGGUCAUCUGUGCUGAACUGUGGACGAUACGCGUCGCGUUCAGGGUGUCGCGUCCCAACGCUCUGUGAUGAAAGAUGGGGAUACCGACAUCGACUCCAAUAAGCAAGACAUACUUCAUCUGUCAUGCUUUGCCCAAGCCAUCAUGAAAUAGGCAUAAGGGUGCUUCCUCUUUGCAAACACUGAAAGUUACUGACAAUAUUUUCUAGUGCUCGUUGAUUUCGCUUAAAACGGUUCUAGAGUUUUUUUUGUUUACGGUCGUUGUAUGGACAUAAUUUUCUAUGCAUUAAAACCCUCAAAACAUGAGUCCAUAUACCUGUGGGACAAUGUAAAAUGAGCUAUUCUUAGCAACAUCAGAUAACGAACAGCAUGUGUAAAAUACCUUGCAGGAACAACGGUUCAUGUUCAAAUGGAAGAUUGGAAACGGCAAGCGCACGAUAUUUUUAUACAAAAACUCGUACACGUUUCCAAAAGCUCUAGUCGCUGUUUCUGUGUUGUUUUGCGGCAGGGACACGGUCACCAAAACUGAACGGUUGCAGAGUAUCCAUCAUGCCAGGGAAGAAUCUUUGUCUGGUCGUAACACUGGUUCGACAUGCGGAAACCGACCAGAACGCCCAAGUUCCGCGAGUUCUACAAGGACAAUCUGAUAGUCCCAUCAACUCGUGUGGGAUGAAGCAAGCUGAAUCCCUUGCUUGGAGAUUGAAGAAGGAGUCAUUCGAUCACAUUUACACCAGCGAUCUUUUGAGAGCGAAACAGACAGCACACGAGAUAGCAAAACGUCACCCAACGACUCCUCUAUCAAAGGACUAUCGCCUGCGCGAACAGGAUUUGGGAGACCUGACAGGAUUGCCAUGGCCUCAAGCAAAACUGAUCUUGAAAGAGGAAGAUCGAUCUUUUGACGACCACAUUGCUGAAAAGGGGGAAGGCAACCGAGAAUUCAAGGACCGUGUGGUAGACCUUUACACGGAUCUAAUCGCCUACCAUCUUGUACAACCGCAUCAACAGCUGCUGCAAGCAGUGUCCACUGACUCGCUAGGCAAUUCAAGCGUAAAUGGUGAUGAACGCGCAGGAUCAUCAACACCGGGCCAAGCCGACGGCAGGGAGAAGCCUGCUGCAAACGGGUCCACCGACUCCGUUCGCAGCUCACGCACGCCGAGAAUGAGACAAAUCAACGUCUUGCUAGUGACCCAUGGUGGCUGGAUCCAACGUAUGAUGGAGCACCUGAUCGAAGAGCUCAAUUUCCAGCUCGAUUGUGACCUCCUCAAUGGAUUUCCCAAGAAUACGGCUGUGUAUCGGUUCGUGAUCAACAAGGUAUUCAAACCGGAUGGGGACUAUGAAUGGGAAGGUCGUGUCAAAUUGAUGAACUGUGUCGCACAUUUGGCCGGAAUGGCCAAACGUGAGACUCCGAAUGCUAGCCCAGCAGUGUCGAGGACGUCAAGUCCUGCUCAAAGUCCUGUUAUGCUGAGGAAGGCGAGAAUGGCGAAUGGGUCUAAUGCGUCAGGCUUGGCCUUCAACCGGAAAGGGUUUCCACAAAUCUUUUACCAGCACAAAAUGGGCGGAAUCGCUCCCCCGCAACCAGCACCGACGGAGAGAAUGAAAACAUUGGGCUGGUAGCGUAGCAAGUAUUAGAUAUCAUUGUGUGAAAUCAUGAAGCUCGUGCUCUGUUUAGUAGGCGUGUGAGGGUGUGGAAACCGCGACUUGUUCAGUUUAUCUCAUAGCUGUAGACUUAAAUAAGACUUCCCGUUUGCUAAAAUAUACCAGGGGUCUAUUUCCAGA